AAUCGCACUUCCUCCCAGCAGAAUUAUUCAGUCCAGAUUUCGUAAUCAAUCAUUAGCACUCGCGUUAUCUGAAUCACCCUUUCCAAGAUUGAUAUAAAAAAAAAUAAAAGAGGGAAAAAAUUUCUUUCAUCGACUAGGAAAGUAGCACAAACGUUUGCUAAUAUAUAUAUAUUUUUUAAUGAAAAAUGAAUAUAUGUACAUUGUGCAUACAAGAGGAAUAAGUAGAUCAAGAAGAAAUAAUCCUCGAGAGAAUCUCUACUUAAAGUGUAAUUGUAUACAUACUUUAUACACUGGGGGGUAAUUGUACGCGAAAUUGUUCGCGAAAUAACAGUCGUAAGAUAAUCAUUGUUUGCGAGUCUAAUCGUCGUACGCGUCAAUUUUCAUACGAAAUGACAGUUUAUCGAUUGCUCUAUGAAUGAAACUGACAACAGGGGGGAAUCGUCGCGUCGUCGCGUCAGAUCGUAACGGAUAAUCCGAUAACACCAUGAGCGUAAGCUUUUCAUUUAUAAUUUACAAUAACCGUAAAAAUUUCGGGUGUCUAGUAACAUAUAAUAUAGAAUAAUGGUAACAUGUUUGAAUAAUAUAAGCGAUAAGGGGCGAAUCAGAGCGGUGAGCAUCGCUAGAAAUGAAUUAGAUUUAGGGGGAGUUCAGUAUCGGACAUUAGCUAUAUCUGCAAGAACUGAAAUGUGACAAAAUUGUGUCAACAGUCAAAACAAAGGAGAAGAUGAAACAAACGUUUGACGGUUGAAAGAAUUUUGUCACAUUUCAGUUCUUUUAGAUACUAGGUGCCGUCCGAUACUAGGGGAACACCCCCUAAUAUAUGGGACCGAGCCGAUAGCUCUUUGGGAAUUUCUAAUCGACGGAAACAAGAAUGAGUGUAGAUUUUAGAAGAGAGUCAGAUCUAGCCUAUGGUUAGGUAGAAGCCCGUGUAUACAAUAAUCGAAGACUGUUACAGGAGAAGGCUCGUGUUAAAGACGUGCUCGUUCUAAACGAACAGGUCUAUGCGAUAUGCGAUGUUUGGCCAUUGAACAAUUCCUACAAGAAAUUCGUCAUUUAUGCGUCCUAUCUUUCCGUUCACUUGGUCAUCAUGAAUAUGAAUCUCUACGACGUGAUGGGAGAUUUGGAAGAAACAAUUAAGAACAUAACAGACAACACGAUCAUCACGACAACCUUUCUCAUGUUGUUUCAACUUCGAUUCAGCAAAUUGAUCAGGAACGUGAUUGCAAUAGUAAAAGAGGAACUAGCGAAUGGUGAUUUUGAAAAUAUCAAUGAACUUUGUUUGUAUCUAUCUUACAAUAAAAUAUCGGAUACUUUUGGCAAGUACGCGAUUAGAGGAAGCAUUAUCACCUGGAUAUGGUGGUAUUCAGGUCCUAUGUUACAUGUGCUGCAAUCGGGUUCAGGUAUAUCGUUACAGAAAAAGGCAACGAUUCAAAAUCUUUCGUGCUACCCUUUCCUGUUCGUGCUUUUCUCCAUUAUGAAGACAACUUUCAGAAUUAUAUAGUGAUGUACGUGUAUCAAUUACCUCUGCUGUUUGUCGCACUAUUUCAUACAAACACUGUUAGUUUGAUUUUUAAUUUGGUACUGCACGUGUGUGGGAAAUUUUCAAUUCUGUCGCAUCGUAUUCAAAAUAUUCAAGUGGAUUCACUUUCGGUCAAUCAGUUUCCUAAUAGAAUUAAACAGUUGGUGAAGACGCAUCUAAAACUGAUCGUGACGGCAAAAAUGCUCAAUUCAGCGCUUGACACUAUUCUUUUGAUAGAGCUGAUACAAACGAGUAUAAGGAUGGGCGUACUCGUCUAUAUGUUGUCGGUGACCGAGAUAGGAAAUUUUCUGAAUACUCUCAGGUACUCGUUAUACAUUACUGCGGUCACUUCUAUGCUUUAUUUGUACUCGUACAUAGGCGAAUGCCUGGCGCAGGAGGUAAGUUGAGUAUCAAUAGUUUCGAAAUAGUUGUGAAUGAAUAAAAUUUUGUUUAGUCAACGAAAGUGAACGAAGCGUACUAUGAUUUCAACUGGCUGAAAUUAUCAAUGAAAGAUCAA